AGCAGGAGGUACAACGUACGAUAUCUAUGUCGUCGGAAAAUCACUCGGAAGCAUUUUAUUCGGCCGAUGAAGAUAUGAGCCACGGAUUAAGCGGAAGUCGAACAUCCAGCUUACGCCAAUCCAUCGUCGGUUCUGGUUGUGUCUUAAAUCGCAAUGACAGUAUGAAGAAAAAAUUCUCGUCAGACCUGUCUAUCGUCGAGAGCUCGACCAAUAUGAAUCACUCAGUGGCAGACAAGGCGCAUACGUUGGAGAGAGCAAAAACGCAGAUAUUAAAUACAAAAAGAAGCCCCAGGAUUAACAGAAACGCUAGUUUUCAAAAUGAAAUCGAUCAAACUGAAAACGGUCGCGGUAUGCAAGAUUCUUCAGACAGCCACUCCGUAUCAUCUACUAGUUUUAUCUCUGCUGUAUCCUCGCAAGAAGAUGUCACGCUUGUAAACUUGCACAUGCAAGUGAAUAAGCCAAUCGUGGACUCGCCGUUAUUGAUGUCCAGUUACGUCAGCCACUUGACACAGGUACUUUUGUUAUUGACGUAA